CUGCCUGCCUGCCGUUUUCAAUCCAAGUCCCAUCUUAUUUACUCAGAGACAGUAAGGGAGAGGGGUGAGCGUUCUCGCACUUUCCACCCCACUUUUUUUUCCUUCUUCUUCCUUUACUUCCUCACUGGCACUUGGUCAAAUUUCCUGUUGUUGACUUGAAGCAGUGCUCCAUCAGCAAGCACCUGGGCAUGUCACUUCCUCUUUCCUCAAGGAACAGCGCUGGUCUCUGAACAGGAGCGAAGAACAGGGACACUGAACAGCAUGGCUCCCCUGGAAUUCUGGCUUUCACUCGAGCUUUUUCAGACUGUAAACUAAUCCCUCUCGAAGUUCAGCGAGGGCUGAAGUGACACAGAGAGGGGGGGUAGGAGGGGUAGGGGAGUGGUCUGAUGAGGUCUCUGUGUGAGAAGAGGGAGGUUUGUGUUUGUCUGCUUCUGUGGGGUGUUUGAGCACUUCAGGGGUUUUGCCGCGAUCCUUUGGAGGAAUCCUUCAGCUGUAAGCAUGCCGGUGUGCGCAACUAGAAAUGAGUACAGCCAGAGAGCUCCAGUUUGAGAGGCUGACCCGGGAGCUGGAGGUGGAGCGACAGAUUGUGGCCAAUCAGCUGGAAAGAUGCCGACUGGGGGCGGAGUCACCGGGAGCUGCGAGUGGCAGUUCCUCUGAGAAGUCCCUUCACUGGAGACCCACAGAUGUGUCAAGUUCUGCUGAUGCCAAGUCUGUCAGGGAGCAGCUGUCACUGUGCUCACCGGAGCAGAGCUCUCUGCAAGAAAGUGAGGGGUCUGUUGGGAACUCGCGCAGUUCCACUCAGAUGAACUCGUAUUCUGACAGCGGCUACCAGGAUGCAGGCAGCUACUACAGCAGCCAGAACACGGGAAGGACGGAUGUGCGGCUGCAGCACUCGUACCCGAGCAGUGGUCCCGUUGCCGGCGGUACGCUCCUGAGGAACUCCAGGGCAGAGGGUCAGGCAUCCACCCAGAUGUCUGGAGGUGUCAGCGGGCCGAUUCCGGGACGAGCCAUGCGGCGUGUGAGCUCAGUACCAUCAAGGACACAGUCACCCGCCUACAGCACUAGCAUCUCUCCUUUGCGUGGGUCAUUGCGGGCAUCGCCAGGCAGUGCUUACGGCUCGCCCAUCGUGACCGAGCCUAAGCCGCUGCCCAGCAUCUUCUCCAGCAGCACCCUGCCCAACUCCCAGCGGGCCAGCUCUCCAUUCUCAGCCCAAAGGAACUCACCCUCCACCCUGCGCAGGAUGGGCUCAGGCACCAGCGCCAGCCGUACCACCUCGCCCUACUCAGGGCGUCUGGGCUCACCGCUCAGCGGGGCAGGGGAAGAAGGACAAGCGGCAUCUGGCUCGUCUCCGGUGCGAACAGGAAUGACAGCCGUGCCGCAGCAUUAUGGGACGACAUUACCAAGGACGCUGCUGCACGAGGGCUCCGAUCCCUACAGCACACACUCGUAUGAGAUCUAUGAGAGGAUGGUGCCACCGCCGGACAGCCUGACAGACGCCUUGAUCGAUGACGUUCCAGGUCUACGAGCGUCCUUUGCGAGUCAACACAGUCCCCAUGGAGCUGAUCUACGAUCAGCUGUGAGUCCAGACCGCCAUAUUGGUCCCAUCUACGAAGACCGAACUUUUCAUGGGCCUCUGUACCGCAGCCCCAGCCACAUUACACACUCACCACUCUACAGAUCGCCUUCAGGCGUGGGGAACCUGCAGAGGAGCUCCAGCCAGCGCAGCAACAUGACCUACCAAAGAAGCAACAACUACACAGCGGUGACCUAUUCUGACCCGUACCGGCCCGGCCCAUACCGACCCUCUGAGGGCGCCUUCUCUCGGCAUGGCAUCGGCAUCGACGACGGAGCCAUCCGCUCUCCCUCCAUCGACAGUAUUCAGAAAGACCCCAGAGAGUUUGCAUGGAGAGACCCAGAGUUGCCAGAGGUGAUUCACAUGCUGCAGCAUCAGUUCCCCUCUGUGCAGGCCAACGCCGCAGCUUACCUACAGCACCUGUGUUUCGGAGAUAACCGCACUAAGACCGAGGUGUGUCGGCUGGGUGGGAUCAAGCACCUGGUCGAUCUGCUGGACCACAAGGUCGUGGAGGUGCAGCGGAAUGCCUGCGGCGCUCUGAGGAAUCUGGUGUACGGCAAAGCCACCGACGACAACAAGAUCGCUGUGAGAAACGCCGGGGGCGUGCCGGCUCUGCUCCGCCUACUGAGGAAGACUGUGGACGCAGAAGUGCGAGAGAUCAUCACAGGGGUCUUGUGGAACCUGUCCUCCUGUGAUGCAGUUAAGAUGACAAUCGUCCGCGAUGCCUUAACAACUCUGACCAACACUGUGAUCAUUCCCCACUCGGGCUGGAGCAGCUCGUCCUACGACGACGACCACAAGCUCAAAUUCCACUCGUCACUCGUGCUGCGCAACACCACCGGCUGCCUGAGGAACCUGAGCUCAGCGGGAGAGGAGGCCAGGAAGCAGAUGCGUUGCUGUGAAGGGCUCGUCGACUCGCUGCUCUACGUCAUUAAAGCCUGCGUCAGCACCGCUGACUUCGACAGCAAGAUUGUGGAGAACUGUAUUUGCACUCUGAGGAAUCUCUCGUACCGGUUGGAGCUGGAGAUGCCGCCUUCACGGCUGGUAGACAAUCAGGAGACGGAUGGGUUGCUGGGGUCAGAGUCUCCCAGUAAAGAGGUAGACUACAGCUGCUGGGGGAGGAAGAGGAAGAAAAAGAGGAAGAGUGUACAGGAGGAGCAGUGGGAUGGUGUGGGACCGAUCCCCGGUUUCUCCAAGUCUCCUAAAGGUGCCGAGAUGCUGUGGCACCCUGCAGUAGUGAAGCCAUACCUCACGCUACUGGCCGAGAGCUCCAACCCCGCAACACUAGAGGGCGCUGCCGGCUCACUGCAGAACCUUUCAGCUGGCAACUGGAAGUUCUCAGCAUAUAUCCGUGCAGCAGUGCGAAAGGAGAAAGGUUUGCCCAUACUUGUGGAGCUGCUGAGGAUGGAUAAUGACCGUGUGGUAUGUUCUGUAGCCACAGCCCUCAGAAACAUGGCACUGGACGUCAGGAAUAAGGAGCUGAUCGGGAAGUAUGCCAUGCGGGAUUUGGUGAACCGGCUGCCUGGAGGAGGCACCACUCAGCUGUCGGAUGAGACAGUAGCGGCUAUUUGCUGCACGCUUCACGAGGUGUCCAGUAAAAACAUGGAGAACGCCAAAGCGCUCGCUGACACGGGAGGCAUUGAGAAACUCGUCAACAUCACCAAGGGACGUGGAGAGAGGUACUCGAUGAAGGUGGUGAAGGCUGCAGCACAGGUGCUCAACACACUGUGGCAGUACCGAGACCUGCGCACUAUCUACAAGAAGGAUGGCUGGAAUCAGAAUCAUUUCUUGACUCCCGUGUCCACGCUGGAGAGAGAGCGCUUCAAAUCUCAGCCCACGUUACCAUCAAACUCCCUGCAGAUGUCUCCAGUCAAUAAAACAGCGGGUAGCACCACCUCGUCUCCAGCCGUGUUGGGGAUUAAAGAGCAGCGCUCUGAUUACCAGAGGACACAGCCACCUAUGCAAUUUUAUAACUACCAAGGAGACAGCAGUGUGCAUAAAACCCCAUACACAGGGUCAGUGAAAUCAUCUCCGUAUUAUCUCAGCUCUUACUCCUCACCCAGCAGAGAAGAAGCCAGGAGAGGCCAGCAGCACAUAUAUUACGCAGAUGAGACUGGCCGAAGGGGCUACGAGCCGUAUCGGACAUACGUGCAGUCGCCGCAGGGAUACGAUGACCCGUACCUGGAGGAGACGGUGCAGUACUCGACUACAGACUACCCCACACAGCCUCACACACUCAAAGCCACCACCAACUACGUGGACUUUUACUCCAGCACACGCAGAGCCUCGUACCGCACUGAUCAGUACCCGGGCUCGCCAGACUCCUGGGUAUAGAGACAAAAAAUAUGAACCGACAGCACCCUCAGUACUGUGUCUGAUAUGAACAGCGAUGGAUUCUGAACGUGGCUGAUGGGAAAGAGGAAAAGAGCCAAAGAAGGAAAAGAAGCAAAGUGUGUGUUUUAUCCAUGGAAGCAGAAAGAAAGUAGAAUUAAGAAUGUGUCUGUGUGUGUGUGUGUGUGUGUGUGUGUGUGUGUGUGUGUGUGUGUGUGCGUGCGUGCGUGCGUGCGUGCGCUGUAGACCAGAGUUCUGCUCUGAUUUUAUUUUCUUAUGGUAGUGCAGGUGACGGUGGCUUGAGGAAGCAGUUUGCGAGGUGCAGAAAGGUUUGCGUCAGAGAAUCAGACAGGGAAAUGUGUAUGAAUUUAGACUGAAAUCAAUCAUGAAAUCAUGAAACUUGUAAAAAAAAAAAGAAAUAAUGAUGAUAAUAUUAAUAACAAUAAAUAAUGACCUUAAGACAUUAGCUUAAACAGAGGGAACAAAACCAUGUACGUAAUUCUCGUCAGGAUUGUGAAUGCCUCUGCGUCUUGUACAUUUCCUUCAGAACACUGUAAAUACAGAAAAUACAGUGCCACAUUAAAGAGAUGUAGAAAUCUAUAAAUAUACAGAGCUAAAUGCAGAAAGGCUGCAGGCCUGGCACCAUGAUAUUACAGUCUAUCUGAAGUAAUAAAAAUUCAUCUUUGUUUUUUAGAAA